UAGUAUGGCAUCGAGGAGAAUGGAGACCAAACCCGUGAUAACAUGUCUGAAAACCCUGCUCAUCAUCUACUCCUUCGUCUUCUGGAUCACAGGCGUUAUUCUUCUUGCUGUUGGAGUCUGGGGGAAGCUCACUUUAGGCACAUAUAUCUCUCUCAUCGCUGAAAACUCUACCAAUGCCCCCUAUGUGCUUAUUGGGACUGGUACCACAAUUAUUGUCUUUGGCCUGUUUGGCUGUUUUGCCACUUGUCGUGGCAGCCCAUGGAUGCUGAAACUGUAUGCCAUGUUCUUGUCCCUGGUGUUUCUGGCGGAGCUAGUGGCUGGCAUUUCAGGAUUUGUAUUUCGCCAUGAGAUCAAGGACACUUUCCUUAGGACAUACACUGAAGCUAUCCAGAAUUACAACGGCAACGAUGAGCGAAGCCUCGCAGUGGAUGACGUACAACAGAGUCUGAGAUGCUGUGGCAUUCAGAACUACACCAACUGGAGCACUAGCCCUUACUUCUUUGAACACGGUAUUCCCCCAAGCUGCUGCAUGAACGCCAGUGACUGCAAUCCCCAGGAUCUGCGCAAUAUGACCGUUGCUGCCACUAAAAUAAACCAGAAGGGCUGUUAUGAUCUGGUGACCAGUUUUAUGGAGACAAAUAUGGGAAUCAUAGCUGGAGUGGCUUUUGGAAUUGCAUUCUCACAGUUGAUUGGAAUGCUGUUGGCAUGCUGUCUGUCCCGAUUUAUCACGGCCAAUCAGUAUGAGAUGGUGUAA